UUUUUCAACAAACCAAGUAAAUGAAUGUUAGUGAAAAAAGUUGACCUCAACGAGAAACGUUAAGCAAAAACGUUGAAAAAUCCCGCAGCAUCACCAAAACUACAUUUUUAAACUAAUUUAUUUCAUUUACAUUUGAUUGAUUAACUUCAAUUGUUGACAUUUUUUUUGUGUGUGUUCUCAAGGAUUCUCUUUUCAUCAAAUAUCUGGUUUUCCGUGUCCAUCAAGUUUACACCAAAAGUCCAUCAAGUGUCAACCGUGAGUUUAUCAAGUGUCUAUUAUGUUCAUCAUCAUUUAACAAUAAAAGUUGACCAGCAGUGAUUCAAUGACGCUCAGUCAAACUAUGGAUUCAGUUAAUAGUGUACCAGAGGAAGAGAUUUGGCAAGAUUUGGAGUUUGUCUUGUGUGCCAAUGAUCUCGGUCUGGUUAUGAAUGAAACUUUACCCGUUACUUUGUCAACCUCUUCCCGAUUACUUACUCGGCAACAUCAACAGUCAUUUAACAAUGAAUUAAUUUGUAAUCGAUUACCUUCUUCAUCAUCAUCGCCAACAUCAAUGGUUGAAGAAAAUAUCCUGACCAAUGGUUAUCCGAUUAAACAGGAGAAAUUGGAAAUGGAAAUGGAAAUUAAUUUUGUACCAAAAAUUAAUAGAAACGUCAACAGUGGCAACAACAAUGGUCUAAGUGAUAAUAGCAGCAAUAGAAGUGAAGAGAAAAGUUUGACGAUAAAUCGAUCCAUCACUAAAAGCAGCAACAUUUCUGGUGACAAUCGAUCUAUAAAUAGUGCAACAAAUAGCAAUGAAAAUGCAAUUAAUGGUGAUAGUUGUAAACAAAACAUUGAUAACAACAACAAUGCCGAUAAUAAUAAUAGUAAUAAUAAUAAUAAUGAAAAUAGUGUCAAUUUAAGCAAUACAAAUAGUAAUAACAUUGACAAUAAAAGUAGUAAAAAUGAAUCGGACAAAAUGAUUACAAGUAAUAACAAUAAUCACAUUAACCAUUCAAGCCCAUUAAGUGUCAAUUCUGGUAUCACUUGUGAUGCCUCCAAUGAAGAGACAAAUGAUGAUCUCAAUGGGAUCUCAUGGACUCAUGAAAUGGUUUCAAGUGCCAAAGAUCCAAUGAUCUGGUCUAAUUCAUCCGUUUCAUCGUCAACCUCAUCGCCAUCACAAAAUGCAAACUCACCAAAAAGUACCAUGAUCAAUAUUAAUGUCAAUGGCAAUGCAUUUCAACCCGUUGAAACUUUAAGCUACUUCUGUGAUUCCCCAUUAAAUGAUCAUCAGCAUGCCCAUCAGCAUCACUCUUCUCAUCAAAAUUAUCAUCUAUCUCACCAUCAACAGCAACAACAACAACAACACAACUACAUGAAUGGAUCAAGUAAUAAUGGCCAAGCUCAUGGCUAUUCCUCGCCUUUGGGCUCAACUGGUUACUCUUGUAAAUAUUUUUCACCUUCACCCACCUCGUCAUCAUCUCCGGCAUCGCCUCCUCACCCAUUGAUAUCAUCGACAACAAAUGCAACUCCAUCGUCCACAUCAACAACAAACACUAUUCUUGCUUCUUUAAAUGGAUCACUGUCUUCGGUAUCUUCAUCUUCCUCUUCAUCUUGUUCAUCUUCAUCCUCAUCUUGUUCACCCUUUGACACUGGCUCUAGCUUGGUGUCGUCUCUUUGUGGUACUUUGAUACCACUGGUUGGAUCACAAAUGUCACCUCCAGCUUCACCCCAAAACGAGAACAAACCCUAUAUCAAUCAUUAUCACCAUCUUCACCCUCAUCUCCACCAUGGUCAUCACAAUAAUCAUGAGCAAUAUUUGACAAACACUGAACUUGCAAUUAAACUUGAACCUGUUCAUCAACAUCAACAUGACUCUGCUCUUCACCAAAAUACAAAUUUUACCAAUAAUCAGCAAUCAAUUCACCAUCAACCUGUUCACCAAUCACACCAUCAACAUAUCCACCAUCAACAUCACCAUCAUCAACCUCAC